UUUUUGUGAAACAUCGUCAGCCUCCUCCUCACGAAUUCCCGAAGCCAUGAUCUCUCAAGUUCUGCUGGCGCUUGUGGUCUUCGCGGUGCUUGAAUCUGUGCUCAACUCACCUGUUCUGCAGGUUGCUCAGUCUCAAAAGAAGCGAUUUUCAAGUCAACAAAAUGCUGUCAUUCCACUGGAGUAUGAUGAAACUGGAAAAUGCAUUUAUGUAAAAUCAGAAGAAGGAGUUUAUAUGUUUACAUCGCCUGGAUCCGCCCAGGUGUGCGGCUUCUACGUCAUUGCUGAUCCUCAGCACACAGUUCACUUCACAUUCCACGCAUUCCGAAUUUCUUGUGAGAAAGGAGGGCUGUUGUCGGUGGUUGAUGGCUGGGAGCUGAAUGGUCAGUUCUUCCCCGGCACUGAAGACCAUCCUAAGCCAGCGGAGAAAAGAUUCGCUGAGUACUGCGGAGAAAAUCGUCCCUGGAAAACUCAAGUCACCUCACAGAAUGUUGGCCUGCUAGAAUUCAGAAUACCAGUCAAAGGAGAAGGGUUCACAGUCUCAAUAGAAUUUCAGCCGAAUCCGAAACCCUGCAAUGCAGUAUUACAACAGCCUUCUGGUGUGUACACUUUGAGGAAUUACGGACAAAGGGUCAAUUGUACCAUGUCCAUCAUCUUUCCAGAAACUUUCCAGAUAUUGGCCAGCAGCGUCGGAACCCAAUCUAUGCCUGUUACUGGUCGUACCAUGGACGUGGAGACUGGAAUAGUGAAGAAGUGCAAGAAACUGGGGUCCGAAGAUUACGUAGAAGUGAGAGGAGGCGAUGGAUUGGAUCCAAGUAUGAUGACUGUCGCUGAAGAUUUCUGUGGGAUGGAUUCAGUUCCAGGGCGAAGUUCUGUGGAUGUAGCGUGCGGAAAUUCUGCUGUUCGUCUCGUGUCUAGUGGGAGGUUCGAGAACUCUGUGACAGUAAGCUUCGAUCUCUUAAUGGACUGGGGCUCGCCAAGCCUAGUAUGCCCGACGCUUUUGGAAACCCCGUGAAUUUUCAAGUUCUUGUUUGAUCCGUCGAAAUAGAACUCACUGCUUCCAUAGCUGAAAAUAAAAUGAAAAUGAAAUAUAUUGAAAACGUUCAUAGUAAUCCGACAUUCGCUGGAAAGAACAAUUUCAGGAUUUGUAAAUGGAAUAUUCAUACAUGUAUUAAAAUAGUCUUAUGAAAUUU